AUGGGGACAUCCCAAUGGCCGUGGUCUCGGCGCAGAAACGUCUACGACCCUCCCACAACUCUCGACAAGCUCCUUGAAUCUCCUCUGCGAUACCUGAUAGCUACAAUCUACGCCAUCGUCCUGAGCCUCCGCGGUGCCCCUUUCAAACCCCGCAAAGACAAGCCCAAAGUCAAGAUCGUCUGCAUCUCCGACACCCAUACAAACAUCCAAGAUGUCCCCAAUGGAGACCUCCUCAUACACGCCGGAGAUCUGACCAAUGCGGGUACGGUCAAGGAGAUCCAGGCUCAGUUGGACUGGCUGGCUUCCCUACCUCACAGGGAAAAGAUUGUCAUCGCAGGAAACCACGACAGCUAUUUCGAUACCAAGUCCCGGAGAGUGGAGGACAGGGGAAGGAGAUUGAACUUCAAGACGCUACAUUAUCUGGAGAACAAAGCUAUAACGCUAAAGUUCAAGGGCGGACGAAAGCUGAAUUUCUACGGCGCUCCAGAUAUCCCAGAAUGCGGUGGGAGCGAGAUGGCGUUUCAAUACGAACGCCCCAAUGAUCCUUGGGAGAAGCGUAUCCCCAUAGAAACCGAUGUCUUGAUCACUCACACGCCCCCUCGAUACCAUCUAGACCUCAACCUCGGAUGCGCAGGUCUACUGAAGGAAAUCUGGCGCGUGAAGCCACGCCUCCAUGUUUUUGGACACAUACACUCUGGUCACGGCCGAGAACCUGUAUUCUGGGACGAGUGCCAAGGUGCAUAUGAAAGGCUCAUGAACAGACCGAAGGGAGGGGUAAUCGCAGACCUCAUUCCAAGUUUUGCCUGGUGGGAUGCGCUGAUGGUGAUGUACCACGGCUUCAAGGGUAUUUUAUGGCAGAGGCUGAUGGUCGGACCACGAGGGGGGAAUGGUGGGUUGCUUGUCAACGCUGCGCUGGUAUACCAGAGCACGACGGAUCUAGGAAACACUCCUUACGUUGUAGAACUGUGA